CUGCUUUUCUUUCUUUACAUCUCUCUUUCAUUUCCCUCCCCUACAAGUCUCUCUGCCUCUAAAACACAACCUCUCUGUUUCCUUGAUUAGUAUGGCUGUUGAUUCUCCAAUGAUUUAUACUUGCAUGGCUAUUGAGUAUUGAUGGCUUAUGUAGUUUCCUCCAUCACUUCUUUCACCUUCUUCUUCUUCUUCUUCUUCUUUCUUGUUAUGUUUCAGUACUCAACAAUGGCAAACAAAGAAAGCAGAUUUCUACAUGUAGUUACAAGUACUAAUGAUAAUGAAGCUGCAGCAGCUACAGGAAGGAAGGGUAUCAGCAAUGUUGUUCAUAUUCCUCCUCCUUCACAAAGCCGGAGAAGAGAGCGGCUUCGAGCUCGUAGUAGAUCGACAUUGCCAUGGCAAGAAAAGAUUUUCAAUGCUAGUGAACAUGAAGUUCCAAGUGGUCCAAAUCCCAUCUCCAAUAGGUGAAUUGGCAUAUAUUUGUUUUUGGGUAUUGCAUAUACAGUUGAUUAUUAUUAGGUAUGUUUUCUUUUUAAUAUGGUUUGGGGUUUUAUUAUUGUAGCAAUGUGAGAUCAGAUCACUACAGUGAAUUAUUGUGUAAAA